AUGGGCUCUAAACCGCCUACAAGCAGAGCGUUAUAUGUCGACGAGAACCGCAAAAUUGUCGUUCGCGAUGUUCCCUUCCCCGAGCCCCAAGAUGGAGAACUUCUCAUCAAGGUUCUAUACUCGGGCACCAAUCCCGCCGAUACCAAGAUCAUCGAUGCCCUUGGUUUGAAGGACUACAUCGUAGGAGCAGACUUCUGUGGCGAAGUCCUUGAGUCUGAAACUCUUGCUUCCACGCCCUUCAAAGAAGGCGACAUUGUAUCUGGACUGCUCCCUGCAGGCCAGAAGCUGCCAUUGCGUUGGGGUGCUCAUCAAGGAUUUAUGACCGUUGUUGCAGAUUGGGUUUACAAGGUUCCUGAUAACUUGCCGCAUCAAGCUGCUGCUGGUCUUCCCACCGUUGGCUUAACAGCAAGCUGUUCUGUUUUUGUUUACCUCGGCCUUCCGCUGCCACCAAGUGUUGCGAAGGGUACGCCUGACGAAGGCGUCCCUGCUCCAGAGGGAACUUUGGUUAUUUGGGGCGGUGCGACGAGUGUUGGCAUGGCUGCUAUACAAUUCGCGCGGGCAGCGCGAGUGCCUUCAAUCAUAGCCAUCGCCUCUACCAAGCGACACGAAUUUCUUACGAAACUUGGUGCAAAUCAAUGUUUCGAUUACAAUGAUGCAGAUGUAAUCGAAAAGGUCAAAUCAGCCUUGCAAUCAACCAAUGGAACAAUUUGGGGUCUUGACGCGCUUGGAUCUGCCGAGUCGCAAGCCCUACUUAAGAAGGCGGUUCCUAAACAAGAUAAAACCGUUCUAGCUUCAGUGCUGCUGGGUGGUGACCCGGACUAUGAGGCCGUCAUGGGUGCUCGUCACUUUGAUAUCGAGUUCGAGUUUCCUGGGGGUCAAAAAGUCGUCUGGCCAAAGGACAUGGCUGCUGCUGAUCGACAUUGGCGGGGCUUUCGCUGGGCUGUUGAGAAUUACGGUGCUGAAUACGUGCCGACGCCUGUUAGAGUGUUCGAAGGGUCGGGUGAAGAUGCCAUCAAGGAGCUGUACAACCUGAAGAACAUGAACACUUUUGGCAAGUUGGUACUCAAGCAUCCUUUGAAAUGA